AAAAUCAUAAAAAAAAAGUUUUCAUUUCUUUCAGAAUCCGGCAGACCAGAAUGGAGAUAAAAGUUGAAGAACCGAUAGCCGUUUGUCUUAUAAUUCUACCUGUAGUGCAAAUGUAGGAGUAACGAUUAAAAACUUGUCAAACAUCGAUGAAAACCACGGGGAGCCCCUUAAAUAUUAAUGUAAUUAAUUGGGACUGUACAUAGUAUUAGGACUAAUUGCUUAAUUAUCAUAUCUGAACCAUUACUUAAGACAGACACAUUUUCAUAAGAAAUAGUUAAAAUGUAACAUUCAUAGCAAGAGUACGAAUACCACACCUUAUUUAUAAUUAUGUCAUUUGAAUCAGUUGCCUUUGAAGAGAGUUUACAAAAAACAAAUCGAAUUAUACGAAUUAUAGGAUUGCAGACUGAUGAUAAAGAAAGUAAUCAGACAUUCAUGGAAAGAAUAUGGAGCCGAAAGUUUUAUUGUUUUUUCAAUAGCAUGUUAUAUUGUGAAUUUUUAGGGGAAAUAGCCUGGAUGGUAAAAAGCAUUAUGGAAAAAAAGUUUGUUGAAGCCACUUACUGCGCCCCCUGCGCUGCUCUUUGUUUAUUAGGUAGCGCCAAAACUUACUAUAGAAUAAAGUACGGCCACCAUAUAAAUGAUUUGAUCACUUCACUGCGUAAAUUACAGUCAACUGACUUUAACUCCAGUAUUCAAAGAAGUCUCACCGCUUCAGAAGAAAUGCGCAAUAUGGUCCGCAAACUCCAACUGGCUAUUAACAUUGUAACCAUUGUAAACGUUACUGGGCUUGUUGCGUUCAUGUGUGGUCCCCUUACUAAUAUGGCAUUUACAUACUGGAUGUCCGGUAAAGUAGAGUUGAGACUUCCAUUUCUAGUUAUGUACCCAUUCAACGAGUUCGAUCUGAGGAUUUACCCUUUUAUAUAUAUUCGUCAUGUGAUCGGUGGUGAGUAUACGAAUAUAGUUAUAACUGGGUUUAUUGAAAUGAAAACUUCUUUAGCAGCGCUGUGCACUUUUUGUGAUGGCGAAAAAAUGAUAAACUCGCGACAGGAACCUGAUGUUGUAAAUUCGUGGUUAUGUUUCAUAUAUGAUAUGAUUGUUUUUCUAGGCACAUUUGCUCUGUUCACCGUGUUCGGCCCGGAUUGCUUGUACUAUACUUUUUGUACUUAUGUACAAGUUCAGUUCCGUUUACUUUACCAUUGUUUAGAAACUAUUAUAACACCGAAUGAAAGAAUACGGCUCCAAAAUGGUAAUGACAAAUACGACGAGAAGUUUCGAGCCUGCAUUAGUCGACACAGAGAACUUAUAAGAUGCUGCAAUUUAAUUGAAACAGUGUAUUCCAAGUCGGCUCUGUUCAACUUUAUGUCGAGCACCCUGCUGCUCUGCCUGGCCGGGUUUAAUAUCAUGGCUCAUGUGGACUGGGCUAUGUUUAGUAAUUUUCUCAGUUUCCUGUUCAUAUGCUUGCUCCAAAUAUACCUAAUAUGCGAUUAUGGUGAUAAGGUUUCACGAGCUAGCAUGGAUUUGAGUAGUGCUAUCUAUAACAGUCAGUGGUAUACCGUUGAUGUAAAAACAGCGAAGGAUUUACUCGUUAUUUUGACUAGGGCGCAAAAAUCUUGCAAGCUGACUGCUUAUAUGUUUGCCGAUAUAAAUCUGGGAGCAUUUACACGGAUAUUAAGCACAUCUUGGUCUUACUUUGCCUUAUUGAAGUCGGUGUACAGUAGAGGCGGUGACCAUUGAUCACUGGAGCGUAUAAUAUAAGACAACAAGUGAUAGUCACCACACAUUCACGUCAAUUCGAACGAACGUACACUGACAUCAGAACGACCUAAAUGACGUGAAAUGCACGAUAACUGAAUCAUCAUUCAGUUUUCGUGCUUUUCGCUAGUACCUACUAGUCCGUACCUGCAUGUAAUCGCGCGAGCGGCGAGUGAGACGCACGAUAACUAAAUGACAUCGUUCAUAUAUUCUGAUGUCAGUGUACGUUCGAAUUGGCCUGAUAUUUAGUAUGGGUGCAUAUGUG